AUGAGAGCUGAACACGUCGAGCGUCGUUUAGAUCAACAAUUGUCGUACGCAGAACGCAUUGAAAAUGCGUACGAGCACUUGAUGAGUGUUGGACGCGGAGAUGUCUCUCGUCAUCGGAUCGAGUCAAGGCUCCAGGCUCUCAGAGAGGAAUGGGGAAAUUUCAACGUCAACAAUGACGCAAUACUUAUGUGUAUCAGAAAAGUUGAAUUUCCUCAGCGUACUGUGCUCGAACAGCAUACUUAUUUCAUAAACAAAGUUUAUAAUAAGACGUACCAGACGUACUUGGACAACGUUGAAAGGAUGUCGAAUUUACUCGAAACAACAUGUGAGACAGCGUCAACAUCAUCGGCCUCACAGCCUACUUCUGUUAUCACUCAUAUAAAUUCAAGAUUACCACGCAUAGAUAUACGAAAGUAUGAUGGAACAUUUAACAAUUGGUUGCCAUUCAGAGAUUUAUUUACAUCUAUUGUGAUUUCAAAUGCAUCAAUUUCAUUGGUCGAAAAAUUACAAUACCUCAAAAUAAGUUUAACCGGUCCAGCAGCUCAAUUCAUCAAGAAUAUUUCAUUGACUUCAGAAAAUUUUCAAAAAGCAUGGGAUUCUCUUACUUCAUUUUAUGAAAACGAUCGACUCUUAGUUCAAUCUGCAGUUGCAUCAUUAUUCGCAAUUAAAGCGAUGACUAAAGAAUCAGCUUCUGAGUUAGAACAGUUAUAUUCAUCUACAUUACAAGCAUAUAGAACUUUAGAAACAUUGAAUCGUCCCAUUCAUUCAUGGGAUGACAUAUUGGUACAUUUAACUGUCAAUAGGCUAGAUGCUAAUCUAGUGAGAUCUUGGGAAAACUACUUGGGCGCUUCAAAAAGACCACCUACAUGGGAUCAACUUGAGAGCUUCUUAAAAACCAAAAUGGUUUCACUUCAAUCCUUUGAAAAGAUUCCUAAAAAAUUAUCAGGAACUAAUAAUUCAAGACAACAUCAUUUCAAGUCACAUCAUUCGACGAGUCAAGAAAGUAUUGGAAAUUCGUUCUCAUCCAAACAACAGACAUGUCCUUGUUGUUCAAAACCACAUCCAUUAACAAAGUGUUCUCAAUAUGCAUCUAAAACCAUUAAACAGCGUCAAGAAUUUAUCAAAUCCAAGAAACUAUGCUAUAAUUGUCUAAAAUAUCAUUUUCGAUCAAACUGUAAUUCAUCGCAUCGGUGUUUAAAAUGUGGGCGUAAACAUCACACAUCACUGCAUCAAUUUCAAGAUUUCAAUUCUUCGAACAAACAGGUUCAGUCAUCAACACUGGUGAAUCAGUCAAAUUCAACACACACCGAAGAACCUUCAAAACAAGUCAAUCAUCUUCAUAAGCCAUUACAGGUUCAAGCGAUUGUAUUUUUAGCAACAGCUCAAGUCAAAAUUCUACAUGAAAAUGGAACUUCUCUAGAAGUUCGAGCUCUUAUUGAUCCAGGUUCAGAAAUCUCUCUGAUAUCAGAAUAUGUGGUUCAACAAUUAAAGCUUCUGAGAAAAUCAGCAUCCAUUCCUAUCAUCGGAGUUGGAGCUAAAAGAACUGGUUCAACUAGAGGAUUAGUGAACCUGAAAAUUAAACCUCAUUAUGAAUCUGCAACUAUUAUAGCUUGUCAAGCUUAUGUCCUACCUAAAUUAACUUCAAGAAUUCCUUCAAAGACAUGUCAUAUACCUCAAUGGGAUCAUUUGAAGAAUUUAUUAUUAGCAGAUCCUCAUUAUACCAAACCAGGAGCAAUUGAUUUAAUAUUGGGCUCUGACAUUUAUGGAUCUCUAUUAGAAGGAUCAAUUGUAAAAGGUCCAGAUAACUCACCUACAGCUCAGCUUACUCAAUUGGGUUGGAUAAUUUCUGGACCGUCAAGCAUAAAUUCUGAUCAACGAGAGGUGACUUCAAAUCAUUGUUCAUUGGAUAAAGAGUUGUACUCUCUUUUAGAAAACUUUUGGCAUCAAGAGGAAAUCAUUAGUUCUAAGAAUAAAACCUUAGAUCCAAAAGAACAAGAAUGUGAAAACCAUUUCAUUGCUACUCAUUCUCGUGAUGACUCUGGUCGUUACAUAGUAAGACUUCCAUUCAGGACUCCAGUAAACCAAAUAGGAGAGUCAAAGUUAUCUGCUAUUCGAAUGUUAAAUCAUCUACAGAGAAAAUUCUCUUCUAAUCCUGAUUUUUAUCAAGCUUAUUCUUCGUUUCUUAAAGAAUAUAAAAUGUUGCAUCAUAUGAAUCAAGUAGCUGACGAUGAGCCUGAACCAAAGGUUAGUUUUUAUCUACCUCAUCACGGAGUCAUCCGUGAAUCCAGUAUCACAACGAAAUUGAGAGUAGUCUUUAAUGGCUCAUGUCAAGUAACAAAUGGAAUUCCUCUAAAUGAAGCAUUACAUGCUGGUCCAAAGCUUCAAAUCAAUCUUUUCGAUAUUUUAAUAUGGGUACGGCAAUUCAAAUUUUUAUUUUCUGCUGACAUUGAGAAAAUGUACCGCCAAGUUCAAGUACAUAAAGAUGAUUGGCCGUUUCAACGAAUUCUUUGGAAAGAAGAGGGUAAAAUUAUCAAGUUUGAGCUGACAACAGUUACUUACGGAUUAGUGUGUGCUCCUUACUUGGCUUUACGUGCUGUACUUCAAUUGAUUAAAGAUGAGGGUCAUCAAUUUCCUUUAGCGGCUGAAAUAUUGCUCAAAGGACGUUACGUUGAUGAUGUAUUUGGAGGAGCUGAUACAAUUGAAGAAGCUCAACUUAAAGCUAAACAAACAUAUGAUCUCUGCAUGGCGGGCGGUUUUCCUUUAAGAAAAUGGAUAAGUAAUGAACCAGAAGUUUUAAAGCUCAUCGACUCUAAUUAUGUAAUCAAUACACAAUCCAUUUCACUUAAAGAGCAAGUUGUUCACACUCUUGGCCUGUCUUGGAAGCCUGCAUUAGAUACUUUUCAGUUUAAACUAUUGGAUGCAUCUGUUACAAAAUUCACCAAACGUUCGGUAUUAUCAAAAAUAGCACAGUUUUUUGAUCCACUUGGUUUAUUGUCGCCAAUUUUUAUUAAAGCUAAAAUUUUUAUGCAAGAGUUAUGGGUAAUCAAAACUGGUUGGGAUGAUCCUCUCAAUGAUUCUCAGGUAAAAUCUUGGAAGACUUUUAUUGAUUCAUUGGAUGAGCUGAAUCACAUUGAAAUACCUCGAUGGACUGGUAUGAUGAAGAAUUUAUCUAUUGAAAUACAUGGAUUCAGUGAUGCUUCUCAAUUGGCAAUUGCAGCAGUAGUUUAUAUUAAGACAUAUGGAUUAAAUACAACCCAAGUUACACUGUUGUGUUCAAAAACUAGAGUUGCACCAAUUAAAAGAAUGACAAUUCCCAGACUGGAGUUAUCAGCAGCAGUAUUAUUAACCAAACUCGUCGCUCAGUGUCGACAAGUAUUAAAUCUGAACCAAGCUCCAUGCUACCUUUGGACAGACUCUGCUAUUGUUCAUAUUUGGCUCAAUAAUCAUCCUUCUAGAUGGAAAGAAUUUGUUCAUAAUAGAGUAUGUUUAAUUCAAGAUUUAAUUCCGCAAGCGAAAUGA